AUAAGGUCAACCAUACGUGACUGAGCGCCUUUAAUAUGUAAACGCCACCUGUUGGGAAUGUAGGUAAUGAUUCGGAGUGAGGUUAAAGAAUGGCAGCACACGUUGGCAAAGAAGAGCUCCUCUCAUCACUGACAGAACUUGGAAUCUCCUGUGAUACAAUGGAACAUCCCGAGGUGUUUACAGUUGAACAAGCACUUCCACAUGUGUCAAAUCUUGACGGUGUUUUUGCUAAAAAUCUGUUCCUCAAAGACAAGAAGAAAAAUCUCUAUCUGUUUUGUGCUCCUCAUGAUGCCCAGAUCAAGCUGAAUGAUUUGGCCAGAUUAGUGAAUGCGACAGGCGGUUUGCGGUUUAGUGAUGAGACGACAUUGUAUGACAAACUAGGCUUAACACAAGGGGCUGUCACUAUAUUUGGGCUCAUCAAUGACCGAAAUAAUGAUGUCCGUCUUGUGUUGGACUCGAGAUUUGUGAAUGGAUCUAUAAAGAGAAUAUAUUUUCAUCCAAUGGUCAACACAGCUAGUACUGGAAUCUCACCAGAUGACUUGAAAAAGUUCUUGAAUAAAACUGGACAUGAACCUCAAAUUGUAGAUAUUAUGAAUUAAAAAAGAAAGGAACAUGAGUAAACCAUGGCAAAAUAGGUGAAAGUAAAUUAAUUCGAUGCAUAUUAAAGUUUUUUUAAGUACCGGUGCAGUAAAACUUGCUUGAUCUGUCAGACAGCCACAAUUGUGUUCUUCCAUUUUAUUGAAGUUUGUUUUGUUUAACGACACCACUAGAGUACAUUCAUUUAUUAAUCAUUGGCUAUUCACAUUUGGUAAUUUUUGACAGUCUUAGAGAGUAUUUUUUAUAUGCACAUCCCACGGUCUUUGAUAUAUAUCAUGGUGCACUGGCUGGAAUGAGAAAUAGCCCAAUGGACCCACUGACAGCUGGGCUACGUCACACCCUACAUUUCAUCGAAUACCAUUUCACAAUAACCUGUAUUCAGAUGCCACUUCUCUUGAGACGCUAGAUGUUGGUAUUCAUUUGGGUUGCCAGGGAUCAAAUUCACAAAAACUAUAUGUUUAUGGUUAGCAACCAUAUGUUUAUAUGUAUUUGGUAUCCAUUUCUUACAGAAAAUUAUAGAAUAUGGAUUUUGGUAAAAAUAAAAGAUAAUUAUAAAUUUAUAUUUCAAACUCCCUGUACUUACAAGGAUUGAUUUAAAAAAAUUUUUUAAUUAAUUUAAUUUUUUUUAAAAAGCAGACAAAAUGUGUGUCCAUUUUAGUUGAUGUUCCAUUUGUCAAACUAAAAACGUCACCAUUACUAUGUAAAAAAAAUUAAUUUUUUUUUUUUAUACCACUGCUUAGUAAUAGAAUACUGUAUCAUAUAUAAUGCAAAUAAAAGACAAAAGACAGUC